AUGACAAGUGUUGGAGCAAGCAUAGCCACCAACCAACACCGUUGCAGUGGGCGCGGCGCUCAACAAGCCUAUGUCCUGUGCUGGGAGUCGCUGAAUGCUGAUUUGCUGAGGCUGAUCGCUGACCGGGUACUCUCUAGCGACCUGCUGCACUACGUCUGGUUCCGUGCAGUGUGCAAGCAGUGGCGUGCCAACACUCUUAGCCCGCGCGGCUGCGGCGUGGUAGACCCGCGCUUUCACCCACGGCAAUGGAUGAUGUUUCCGGAGGGCAACGGGCUUCACCCCGGCCACCCUGCAUUAGGCGGCUACAUCUGCUUCCUCAACAUCUACACCGGCAUCUUCAUCCGCGUGCACCUCCCGUGCUUCGAGGACCACUCCGUGCUUGACUGCCCUGACGGCCUCCUUCUCCUGCAGCGCAAGAAGGAUGCUGUUAUCUGCCUCCUCCACCCCUUCACCGGUGAUGUUGCCGAGUUUCCUCCCCUUGCCUCCCUCUGCUUGUACAUGAGUAAGUUUGGGAUCUUUCUGAAUGGCCCUUAUGAUCUUCGACUACGGAUGGUCCACGCGGCUGUCUCCGUCCAUGUGGGUGGCAGUAUUACCAUCAUGGUCGCGCUCAGCCACGCCGAGCGCAUGGCGUACGUAUCCACCGGUGACAAGCACUGGACUCACACAAGCUGGAUGAUGACUGGCAUGAUGACAGCACUGCCAUUCCGUGGCAGCCUCUACACGGUGAGGAUCUGGAAAAACAAACCCUCACACAUCAUGCGCGUCAAUCCACCAGAUAGCUCCAGUUCCUCCUCGUGGCCGUCUACACCGCCACAAAUGAUCGCCACAUGUCCAGCUAAUCAGAUGGCUAAGGCUUACCUGGUGGAGUGCAAUUCUGAACUUCUUCUGGUCGGCUAUACUGACAGACACUCCCAGCUUGUGGUUAUCCGGCUUGCUGACCUCAUGCUCGGAAUCCCUGCCACACCAUUGACAAGCAUCGGCGACCAUGCCCUCUUCAUUGGCACUUGGAGCAUGGCCGUCAACUCCAGAAACUUACCAUUCGUUCAGGGGAACUCCAUCACCGUCCUCAACCCAACUAACAGCGGCCGACUGUGGCAAUAUGAUCUGGGCAGAGGUACCUGGUCGCCGCUGUGCGAUGGAAACUUCGUCAGUGCCAGCGGCCCCAUACCAAGGCCAUACAGUCUUGUCCACCACAUUGUCAGUUGUUGCCAGCGUCUUUACUGGAUCAGUGGAGACACCUGGACCCGCCACCAUGAUUCUGAACCUCGUUGGCAUAUAGUUGCUUCAGCACAUGAAAGAGUUUGCACAGUCUGCACUGACCAGUUGAAGGCUAUUCAUCUUUCCAAGAUCUACGUUUGAAUGUCUCUGCUUUGCAGGUUAUCAAACUGCUUCCUGUGGUUUAGGAUGUACUGUAUUUUGGCUGUGUGUUUGCCUCUACACUUUGUCUACUUUUGUUAAGACAUUUGAGUCUAACUCGGAUGAAUUUGGAAAU